CACGCGACCUUGAUCCUCACCUUGUGGCAGGACAACCACGUCUCGCCGUCUCUCUUCCCUCUCACAACGUAAACACACACACAUCCUCUCCUAUCCCAGGGCAUAUCCUUCAAGUCACCCAAGAUGGAUGAUGCAGCAGCUGCCACCCGCGAGGCCAACCUCAAAGAGGCUAUCCGUUUCUGGCGGGCAUGGAAGACUGUGCAUCAGAUGUGCCAGGACCGAGGAUAUGAGCUUACCGAUGAGGAGGUGAACAUCCCUCUCGACAGGUUCCGAGACGAGUACACCAACCAUGACGGCAGCGUCAACCGCUCCAAGCUACAAUUUUCCGCCCGCCCUUCCGAACAGAUGGUGAAGAAGCACACCAACCCCCCAACUGCCGCCAAUCCCAACCCCGAGCCCGAGUGCGGCACCAUCUACGUCGAGUUCUUGUCGGAGAACAGCCUCGGCGUCAAGGAGAUUAAGAAAUUCGCGACGUACGUGGCGACCAACAACUUCAAGGCCGGCAUCAUGGUCACGAUGGGCACGCUGUCGCCCCAGGCGCGCAAGGGCAUCAACGCCACCAGUGCCCUCACCACCCUCGAGUGCUUCCUGCUCGAGGACCUGCUGGUGAACAUCACGCACCACGACCUGGUCCCUACCCACGUCGUGCUGAGCCGCGAGGAGAAGAUCGCCCUGCUCAAGAGGUACCGCCUGAAGGAGACGCAGCUACCCAGAAUCCUGAUGAAGGACCCCAUCGCGAGAUAUUACGGAUUGAAGAGGGGACAGGUGGUCAAGAUCAUCCGGUCCAGCGAGACGGCUGGUCGGUACGCCAGCUACAGACUCUGUGUCUAAAUUUUGAGAAGCUGGAGACGGGGUAUAUUGAGGCUAGGUUCAAGGGAGAGGGCUCUGACUAUACAUAAGGCACCUAUUUGAUGGCGUGGCUGCCGUUGCUGCUGUUGCUGAUGCAGAUUGAGAGGAAAAAGGGGGGGGGGGCUUUGGUCAAAGGGAAGCAGAAGUGUUUUCGAGGUCAUGUCUUUGGCCGUUUCAUUGACGGCCUGGGCCAGGCGUUUACGACGCGGAAGGGGGCAAAAAAAAACUUCCGGCAUCUAAUGGCGUUGAGGGAGUUUUCGGUCACGGAGAAUGGUCCGCCUUAAAGAAAGACCGAGCAAAUUGAAGAUUCAAAUGAUACC